UCAGGUUCGAUAAGAUGGCGCAGUUGUACGUAGAACGUAGAGGUAGGUGGUACCCGUGAUGCAACCGUGCGGCUGACUCCGCAUAGUAACUAUAUCUGGCGGAGAAGUGAGGCCGUUCUUGUCCCUGUGAUUGCUUCUGUGCAAGUUACACUGUGUGGUAGGUCCGUGGCCCUUGUUGAUUUAAUAACUUGGCACUAGGUGUUGCUCACAUCAUUCUUUAUCGCCAAACAACAGUAUAGUCGAUUCUUAUGUUUUCUUUGAAAACGUCAGUGUAUUGAAAAGAUAUGACCGUGGUGUUCAGCUUAAUUAUUACCCAUUUUGAAUUAAUCAGAACUCACGCCGCAGAAUUGGUGAAUCUGGAGUAACUUACAGAGAACUGGGUUAGAACACAAGUUAAAUAAUACUUUUCUAGUAACUAGAAAACAGUAACAAGUGUGAAAAUGGUGUCAUUUUCAAGUAUAGCUUCAAAGGCUGAAUCCUCCGAAACGAAGACAAUGUGGGUGCGUUGUAUAGUGUUUACAUUAACAAUAACAAACCUGUUCAGUGUGCCUGGUGUAAGUGGGGAUGAAGACUUCUGCGUGAUGGACACAUUUCACCGUAACUCCACGUGGUUGCAAUUCACAAAAGAACUCAGUUCGCGAGAAUACGUUGUAGAACAGAAGUUCAAGAGCCUUCACUGCUGUGCCAAGGGGUACCGAAGUAUCGAAUGGUACAAAAAUGGAAGACCGUACCCAUGGCCUGGAGAAGUGUCCGGUUUCAUCUUGUAUCCAGAGUCAGCGAACCAAACCAUCUACUCCAAGUCAGUGGUCGAAUCCGACGCAGGAAACUACACGUGUCUCGUAAGAAAUGACACAGACGAGCUUUGGCACACGAUUAAUGUCACGGUGAUGGAUGCUGCCGGCUACUCAGGUACCCCGCUGCAGAUGUAUGAACCGCGGGACCUCUAUGCUGAAACUGGGGAUGAAGUAAGACUGUUCUGCGAAGCGUUUGUCGGUCGAAUUGAUCUGCCAGAUGCCCACAACAAGGUCACCUGGAGGAGAAUCGCACAAAACAGCUCUGUGAAUCUUCCUGAAAGGUUUCAAGUUACUAAGAAGCCACGAGAAGACAGUGAGAUUCUUGGUUCACACUUGCUGAUUCAUGGAGUGAGAAAAGAAGACUUCGGACAGUAUACAUGUCAGAUUAGUAACACUUGGUUUCAGUCUGUUGACACGUCUGUGUGGCUCAGAGAGAUUGUGCCGUACCAUGAUGAGAUCCAAGAGAAGUCAGCAUACAGGCAGAUCUUGCUGGUAUUUGCAGUAAUCAUCCUUUCAUCUCUUACAUUAGUUGCUCUCUACUUGCGCUUUGGAUUGCAGGUUCGAGUUAUCUGGAAAGACUCCUUCUGUAAGCAAGAAACUAAUGAUGGAAAGGACUAUGAUGUCCUCAUAUGUUAUGAUGACAAGGACUCAGACUUUGUGCUGGGUGUUUUAGUGCCAACUCUUGAGACACGUUAUGAUUAUCGCUGCAUCACACAUAGUCUUGGAUCUGUUGGUGGAAACUUUGGGUCAACAUGGCCAACUGUGCUUAAUGGACCUGCCCAGCGUAGCCGUCGUCUCUUGGCUGUAUUGUCUCCUUCACUGCUACAUGAUAGUUGGACAAAUAUUGCUCUCUACCAGGCUCUUCAUACCUUAUUAACCAUCCAUUCCAGGAUUAUUUGUGUAACACUGCAGCCCCUGCCAAAAUGUGAUUCAGCAAAGACUGCACAAGGUGAGAACCUUCUUCCUCUGCUGCAUGCUGUUUCCUUGGUGGAGUGGAGGCCUGAUGGAUAUUGUAUCGGAAUGGGAGAUAGAAGUCGAGCACACAAGAGGUUCUGGGCCUCAUUACGCCUUCAUCUGCCCCCAUACAGGCAUAGUAGGCAGGCACUUAGUCCCAAGCAGGAGCUGAACCAGAUGUCAUUGGCAACUACUGGCAGUGGAGUCAAUGCAUGUACUGCCAUUGGAACCAGCAAACGAGGAACACUGCUUACAAAUUCACAAGAGAGCUUGGAAGUUCUUGUUUGAAAGAUCAUCAUUUCACGGAGGUGAUUGGGCCAGUAUAUCUUUUCUUCCUUUUUGUUAAUUCUUUGGCAACAAGCCAUAAAAAACGAGUUAUUUUUAAAGAGAGACUUUCACAAUUUGUAAUAAAAUACAUUUCAGACUGUGUCAAAUAUAUAAAUGUUUUAGCUCCUGUGUUAUUCAAAGAACAACUUCAGUGUGGGGAAAUUUAAUAUUUAAGACCUUGAACUUUACAUAUACUGGAGGCAUACCUGUAGAUCCCGCAUUCUCAAAUUAACGUAAUUGAUGCUUUUUAUUUCAUUUUCUUGAUUUGAAAUUCUGAAUUGACAGUGAAAUUUCUACUUAUAUUUUUACAAUUUUUAAAGGGCAUAUAUUUUAAUUAUAAUUAAAGGACAGCAGUUACAUUCAUUGAUCUUUGCAGUAUGCACAUACUAUUCUAGCUGCGCCCUAGACAUCCAUUCCACUUGUAAGUAAAUAAGAAUGCUGCAGGACUUGUAAAUUUGAAUAUUUUGUUACUUCUUGAAGGAACUAUAGUUGCAUGUAAACCCUUACAGAUUUGCAAGAGUGUAUUUCACUAUUUCAUAUUGGCCCUAAAACUGUAUAAAACGUAAGGACAUUUCAUUUUUAUGUUGUGAUACAGUUAAGAUGCCCAACCAUCUAAUGUGCAAAAUGAGAAUUUUCAUAAAAAGUAUGGAAAAAGAAAUAGAUGGUGGCACAUUGAAAAGAGACAAACACAUAAUUCCCAAAGUAUGUUAACCACAUUCAUCUUCAGGCAGGACUACUAAAAUAAUUUAUGUGCAAUUAUAUACUUCUUUUUCACCAUAAUGUGACAUAAUUUGAAAAUUAUUUUCAGUAAUACUUCUUUAAUGUAACUAUGAAUAUUUUUCUGUCUCAGUUGGCUCUUCUUUAUGACUGAUGUACAGUUCAGUAAGUUUAAUAUUACUUCAGUUCUGUUUGAAUGCUGAAGUUAAUGAACAUUUCGAAAUGCUAGCUGUAAACACUUGCAUGUAAACAGUGAGACACAUGUGUUGAGUCCUUGAGGAUGAGCCUUUUUUUUUUUCCUCAACCAAAGAGAGUAUUACAGCUAUGUCGUGUAGCAAUGGCUUUAUAAUUCCUGAAGUUUCAGUGUUGUAACAUUUGCUACUUAUCUUAUGAUAAAAUUUUAUCAAUAAUGUAUAUUGAAGUUUCACCUAUAGCACAGAAAUUUCACUGAAGCUCGAAGUGGGAGAAUUCUGUCCUCAGUCUACAGCAUUCAUUCAGUCACAGAAGUAGAAGACAGAUAAGAACUAGUAUUGUUCUUAACAACGUUUUUGCUUAGAUUGACAUUGUCAGCAUUAUAGUGUAAAUAUAUAGAUUAAUUUCAUGUCUACUGAAAGAAUAAAAAUGACAUGUUAUCAUUCUGUCACAUUACUUUAAACUGAAGAUAAAUUACUUUUUUAUAAAAUAUCGUUAUAUUCCAUCACAAAAUUGGGCUGUUACAUAUAUUUAGCCUCUAAGGUUAUGUUAUAUAGUAGUUUUCUGAUAUGUUGCAUAUUCACCUGUUAUGAAAUUGAAGGUCCCAGUUUCAGACAUUUAAUGUGCUGCACUGAACAGAAUCACACUUUUCUUUAUCAUUUGUACAUGACAUUUUCAGUCAUUGAUAUGAGACUAGAAAAUGAUAUAAUGUUUCAAAGAAUGAUAGCUUUAAAAAAAUCCCUUACAUAGUGCCAAUAAACAAAAUUGAACAUCAUGACUACCACUAGUUUGUGAACUAUCAUCAGGUUACUUAUCUGAAGUGUCUGAAAAUACAAUGGCAGAAAAUAUUGCAACAGUUCUUUCUUUGUUCAGCCUUGCACUGUGCCCAUUCUGUGGCACCUUGCUCAUGUAUGGUGGAGCAAGAAUUGUUGUAAAUGUAAGCAUUUGUUGUGAAGAAGGUCAGAGUUCCUGGCUACAGAUCCAGAGGUCCCGGGUUCGAUUCCCAGCGCUAAAAGAUUUUCUGAGAAG